AUGAACAGAAACCAGAAUCUCCCAACUGCAAAAAGGAUUCACUUCUCCCCAUCGCAGAGAAGGGGACUUUUCUUCCAAGAUUCCUUUUUUGACGAUAUUCAGAAGCAAUUUGAGACAGCCAUCGACCAAAUCCUGGAUGCGUGGGGAGAAGCCAAAUCCGUGAGUGAUCUGAUGAGUAGCUACAGACAAGUAAGAGAACGCAAUUUGCAGCAAGAGAAUCAAGUCAUGGCCUUCAGCGAAGACGACCAGAAUCACAAGGAAGAGGGCGACUUCAAGUCCAUGAAAAGCUUUUGUCGACGCUUCAACUUCCCAGGCAAAGUGGAUAUGGAGGCCGUGACUUCUGCAAUGUCUUCUGAUGGCGUCAUGACUAUCACGGCUCCGAAGAUUCCACAGGCAGCAUAG